AAACAGCGAAACAACACCUCCGAGGCUCUGAAAAACAAGGACGCGUGCCCCCGGACUUGCACGCACUGGGAUGUUCCCCUUACACUAGUCGUGCGGCUUCUCGAGGACUUUGUCAAACAAUCCCAUCCACACCAUAGAGACACACACGCCAGUAGUCGCCAUCAGACUUUCCCAACUGCCCGCGAACCCGUUCCUCUUUUCUCUGCGCGCGCACACACUCUCUUCCGCACGUGGGUACAUCUGUCUGCAGGAGUUGCUGCUGCACCGAAACCGCAGCAGCAGUAGCAGCGGCGCACCGAGCUACCUACCUUACCUCAUCCCCCAUCGCCAAGCCCACCACCAAGGCCGUCAUCCAUCCCGUCCCAUCCAAGCAAAGCAGUAAUCAGCAGGGAUCACUCACACCAACACCCAAUCUCCCUCCUUCCUCUUCCUCUCCUUUCCCUCUCCACAUAAUGCUCCGCCAGCGACAACCCGCCGCAGCAUCCGCCCCCGACCGCCGCUCUCAAAAAGAUCAGAUACCCACCAUGGCGGGCGCAACGACGACGACCCUGGACAAUGAGCGCAGUCCGCUGCUCCCACGCCACGAGGACGACGCACACAGCGAACCGCCAACCGAGGCAGAAGACGACGACGAGCAAGCGACUGAGAGUAUGGCUUGGGCACGACGGAAUCAGUGGAUUGUGCUCGCCGUUGCGAGCGGCGCCUGUGCUGCUUUCAACGGCGUGUUUGCAAAGUUGACCACAACUGAGCUCACAACGACAAUAUCUCAAGCAAUCUCCAACUUUCUUCACCUUCAGGACAUCGAAGGCGCUUUUGAGGUUGUCAUGCGAGCAGUCUUUUUUGGUCUCAAUCUCGUCUUCAACGGCAUCAUGUGGACUCUCUUCACAAAAGCACUCGCCAAGGGCCAGUCAACCACCCAGGUGUCCAUCAUGAACACGUCCUCAAACUUUGUCAUCACCGCCAUGCUCGGCUUCGUCAUCUUCUCCGAGUCGCUGCCGCCGCUCUGGUGGGUCGGCGCCGCCAUGCUCGUCGCCGGCAACGUCAUCAUCGGCCGCAAAGAUGAGGAGGCGGACAAGUCUGGCGACUACGCGCCGGUGCCGCAGCAGCCUGGUCUCGCUCCCGUUCCGCUGGAUGGCGGCGACGAAGACAAGGACUCCGAGGACGAGGAUAUCGUUGAUUUGGGAGAUUUGAAUGCUGCGGAACAUCGUGCUUGAGUUUAGACUGAGGUGAUUGCACUUUAGAGACCUUGUACAUGUUUGCUCAUAUAUAUCAUGCAUGUUGGAUAGAUAGACAAUACCCCA